GGUCGUCCGCUUUACAGGCCUUGUUACGGCCCUGUGGCGCCCAGGUGACGCUACAGCCGUGUAACUGCGCUGCAGAACCAGCGCUGCGGGCUGGAGGCUGGAAACCGCAUCUCUAGGCGCCGCGCUGCGCCACAGAGAACCGUCCGCGUCCUCAGCCUCGUCGGCGCGGCCGUCGGCGCGGCACGCCGUCGGCGCGCCCCACGCCUAUAACGAUGGCCAAGCGCGGCACCCUGGACGACAACACGGUCUGGAAGGUCGAAGAAAUAAAAAAAAUCCCGAAUUCCGACGAGGCGCGCAAGUUGUUGCUCCGCGUCAAGGAGCACGCCGACAACGUGCUCAAGGCGCGCGGCUGGAAGGUCAAGCGGCUGAUCGAGAUCUGCUGCUGCGAGCGCAAGAACAUGGGCACGAACCUGGGCGUCGGCGGCUGGUGCCGCGGCGACGGGCCCGGCGCCGCGCACACGAUCGCGCUGCGCCUGCGCCGCCCGCGGUCGCACGACUUCGUGAGCUUCGAGCACUGUUUGAAAGUUAUGUGGCACGAGAUGGCGCACAUCGUGCACGGCAACCACUCGGCGGCCUUCUACCAGGAGAUGGACGACAUCGCGCGCCACUACGAGCUCAUCAAGAGCAAGGGCCAGCUCGUCGGGCUCGACGGCUUCCCGAUCGGCGGCGGCCGCAACGCGGACCCGCAGCGGCACAACCCGUCGCGCGCGGAGGGGCGCGCCGCGGGGCUCAAGGCCGCCGAGGCCCGGGCGAAGAAGCAGCGCGUCAUGGGCGGCGGGCGCCUCGGCGGCGGCGCCGCGCACCGGAAGCUGUCGCCCCGGGAGGCCGCGGCCCGCGCGGCGGAGCGGCGCGCCCAGGACGCGCGGAACGGCCUCGGCGACGCGGAGUUGGAGGUCGCAGCGGGCCGCGGCGAGAAGCGCAAGUCCGGGCCGGGCCUCGUCUGGGACGGGACCUUCCGCGCGGUCUGCCCCGUGUGCGGGCCGGUCUGCACGGACAAGGUGGAGCACGCGGAGGUCAUCUCCGACUCGGACGACGACGACCUCGCGGGGCCGGUGGACUACAGCCAGGAGAGCCAGGAGGACGAAAAGCCGCCGGCUCCGGCGAAGCCGGCGGCGCGGCCGAGGCCGGCGCCGACCGCACAAGCUCGGCGGCCGCCGCCUCCGCCCGCGGACCGGCGACCGGCCAAGCGCAAGGCGCCGCCGUCGCCCAUCGACCUCACCGCGGAGGACUCGGACGGCGGGAGCGGGCCUCCGGCGGUGGCUUGGACGUGCGCGCGCUGCACCCUUGUCAACUCCGGCGGCGACGUCUGCAACGCGUGCGCGGCGCCGCGGAACGCGGGAGCGCAAGAGGAGGCCGACGCCGCGCUCGCGAGACGGCUCCAGGAGGGCCAGGCGCCGCGGCCAGCGCCGGACUCGCGGCCGGAGCCUGCGCCGUUCGACCCGUGCAAGCCGUCGCUGAACGGUUCAAGCAUGGCUCGCCCGGCAAAGAAGUGA